AUGGCUUCCUCCAACGGAUCUACACCGACCUCUAGCUCGACGGCAAAGUCGAAUCGAACCAGCGCUUCUGUCGCUUCCACAGAGCCCAAUAAUAAUACCGGCCGCAGCGGGAAUGGCUCUGACCCUGACACACGAGCUGCGCCGCGCCAAAAUCCACCUUCAAUGUCCCUAGUUCCUCCCCGAAUAUCGACUGCCGACAGCCUUUCUGCCCCAGUCACUCGACACAACUCGGCGAAUUCCUCGCGUGAGACUUCUCCCAUCCGACCAAAAGACAACAGCACUUCCUCAUCCUCAACCCGCACUCCCUCGCGAACAAAACACAGUGCGAGUCCUAGCCCUAACCGUCGUGUCAGUGGAACCGGCUCUGCUGUCACUUCUGCUCCCUCCUCAGCCGCCGUUCAAAAGGCCUUUUCGCAAAUCAACAAACCAGACCUUCAGCAGACUACCUCUGCCGACCAAAAUCUCGAUGCUGGCGAUCCGGACCGAGCAAGUAUGCCACCGCCGCGCACGUCUAGGCGACGUAGCUCACUCACAAAUGGCACGAGGAUUCCCAUCUCCAAGACGUCUGACUCAUCCGAGGUUGCUGCCAACAUCUCGACCAAGAGGACACCUAUAACUCCUGAAGAUGCAAGAACCUCGCCGACGAAAACUGCCUUUGAAGACGGCGGAUCUGGUGCGCGUAGGCCGUCCGCUAGAAAUGUUACCGGGCCUUCCACUCCCCUCGAGACCGUGCAAGAAUCAUCCAGCGUGCCUUCCACUCCCUUGAAAGACAAAGCAGACUUGGCGCGCCCCGAAGAGCCCACAAAAUCGAAAGCAUACGAAUCGCUCCAACAAGCUGUCGAGAGUGGGAGUGACAGCGGUGGGAAUAAGAGCUCGGAGUCAAAGGAAGAAACACGCAAGGCCUCUUCUACCACUCGGCCACCCGGCGCCAUCCUUCCACAGAAAUCAUUCACCUCUCUAAACAGCGCUCGAGGAAAGCCUGGCGAUGGCUCUGCCCACAACAUGAUCGUCGAGACGGAGACUGUGAGCUCUAUCCCGCAGGUUUCACUCGGCGUCGGUGCAGGAGAACGGGGAAACUCGAAUAGGAAUGAUCAAGGUGGUACACUCAGGAUGAAACCCAGUGUUGAAACCAUCCGCCCCCGGAAAGAGAAGAAAAGGACCGUUCGCAAAGCAACCAACGUGCCCGGAGUGGCAUCGUCCAAAGCGGACAUCUUCGAGGCCAAGGUAGCUAGCGCAAUUGAUGACGCCGAUGUCUCCGAUUCCGACGAGACUUUCGUCUACGAAUCCAACCCGCCAGAGCCGCUCCCACCCCGUCGCUAUCACUCGAGAACCCCUAGUACGACGUCCAUGGCCAGUCAGGCUGAGCAGUUCGCCAACCGAUCUCGACUUGCACCGAGAGAUGGAAAUGGGGUGACCGUCAAGCGGAGUAUGAAAUUUACCAACAAUUACAACUCUAACCUGGAUAGCGAUUUGGGUGAUGUAGACCAACGGAGCGUCAGCGGUAGAGGCGACAAUAACACCCACUCCACCCGACACCAUCACAUUGGUCGUCAUGGGCGAGGCGGUGGCUAUCCGUCCCUCUUUGACAGUGACUCUCCAUUUCCACCGCAAGGCCCCCCGCCACGGUCUCCUCGGCACUACAUCGGUAAUGGCUUUCGUCAAAGUCGACGAGGAUUCACUCCGCGCUCAAAUCCAAAUUAUCGAACUCUUGGCGGGCCCAAGAGCAUGAGUGAUGAGUACGUUGACGAUUUCGACGCCGACGGCGCUGAUGACGAACGUACGCCUUUAGUACCAUCCUCUUACCGGAUGUCUCGUAACCGCAAUGGGCGUCGACCAGGCAGCGCUAGCAUGCGACAAAUGGAGUAUAUCGAACGACAGCGGAACUGUUUCUCUCGCUAUGGAGGCUGUAUUAUCGCAUCUUUCCUGAUCUUGAUUCUUGUUGGCGGAGCGGCAACUUUCUUCGCUGCGCUGACUCGACCUCUUCUAGAAAUCGAGGUAACCAAGCUUUCAAAUGUGCUUGCAUCUCAACAAGAGAUCAUCGUGGAUGUGCAUAUCAGCGCCGUCAAUCCAAAUAUUUUCCCUAUCUCUAUCGCGAAAAUGGAUGCCGACAUUUUUGCGAAAAGCCGAUAUGUCGGCAGCGACAAGUUUUGGCGAGAGCAUGGUCCCCACCCCGAAGACUUUCCACGCGUUGAGCGCAGCAACCUUCGUGCUAGACUUGCGCAGUUGGUUCGAUCACCUUUGUCUGAGUCUUCCGAUAUUGUGUCAUCCUCGGGCAAUGUGGAUCACGGCACUGAUCCAAUCCCUGACCCUAGUGAUCCUUCGGGUGAUGCUUUGUCGAUGUUGCUGGGACGAGUCUUUAAGUUUGAGUCUCCCAUCAUUUUCGAUCCCUCCCCAUGGAGACGCACUCCGUCUACGUCAGUUGGAGAGAUUCGUCUACCUAAGCCUGGCAAUAAGACUGAGGAAGGCGGUAGUGCACGCUGGGAAAAGGUGUUGCAGCACCCAUUUGAGCUCAUUGUGCGCGGUGAGGUCAAGUACUCACUGCCUCUGAUGUCGAGUAUGCGCUCUGCACCAGUCAAUGCCAAAAUCCAAGUUUCGCCGAACGAUGAUGGAAACAACGACAGCAAGCCUGACAUUCCUGAAAACGGCACUUACCACACGAAUGUUGCGCGGUCUUCCGUCCACGCAGCGGCAUCUCUUCUACUUGCCUGA